AGGGGCGUGGUGUACAUUAAGCACUGCUUCAGUGUUGAAGAAUAGGCUCCGCAUCUUCAAACCAGAGGAUCAUGUCUGAGCUGAGAGGUAAAGUGCAGACGGUGCUGGGUCAAAUAGAGCCCGAUCAACUGGGUCGCACCAUGACCCACGAGCACCUGACCAUGUCCUUUGAGUGCUCCCACGUUCCUCCAGCGCCCGGAGAUGAGGGUCUUUCCCUGGCGCCCAUCGAAAUGAAGCACCUCCACUGGCUGCAGCAGAACCCAUACAGUCACCACGAAAACCUGCUGCUGAAUCAGGAGCUGGAGGCCGUGAAGGAGGAACUGCUGUGCUACCGGAAAGCAGGAGGAGGAACCAUCGUGGAGAACACCACCACGGGCAUCAACCGAAAUCUGCCUGCUCUGAAGCAGCUGGCUAAGGAGACCGGCGUGCACGUGAUCGCAGGAGCCGGUUAUUAUGUGGACGUUACUCAUUCUGAGGAGACCAGAAAGAUGACAGUUGAGAAGCUCACCGAUGUCAUUGUGAGUGAGGUGCUUCAUGGAGCAGACGGCACUGACAUCCGCUGUGGUGUGAUCGGAGAGAUCGGCACAAGUUGGCCAAUCACAGAGAGUGAGAAGAAGGUCUUGCAAGCCACUGCUCAUGCUCAGACUCGGCUCGGCUGUCCCGUCAUCAUCCACCCCGGUCGGGACAAUAAGGCGCCGGUGGAGGUCAUCCGCAUUCUGCAGGAGGCAGGAGGAGACAUCUCGAAAACGGUCAUGUCUCAUCUGGACAGAAGCAUAUAUGAUCACGGAGAGCUGCUGGAGUUUGCGAGAAUGGGAAGCUACCUGGAAUAUGAUCUUUUUGGCACGGAGGUUCUCAAUUACCAGUUCAACCGUAAUGUGGACAUGCCCAGCGACAGCCAGAGGGUCCAGAGCUUGAAAUUCCUGAUCCAGGAAGGUUAUGAAGACCGAAUCCUCAUUGCCCACGACAUCCACACCAAACACCGACUCACCAAGUACGGCGGCCAUGGCUUCUCCCACAUCCUCAAGAACAUAGUUCCCAAAAUGCUGUCCCGAGGCAUCACUCAGAACCAGGUGGACAAGAUACUGAUAGAGAAUCCCAAACGCUGGCUGACGUUCAAAUAAACCAGCUGCUUUCAUGAUCAAUAACAUACCAAAAAAAGAAAAAUCACCUUUUUUUUAUUGUUGUCUACUUGAUUUUGGUGCGA